AUUUAGUUCAUUCGUUCGAUCAUUCGGGACAUGACGUUAACGCAGCAACGUAGUGUGUAUAAAAUUCGAUCGCGUAUUAUUGCAACGUAUAUAUAACAAAAAUACCUAUUUACUUUAUUGUAAUAUUAACGAUUUUAUUGUGAACGUAACCGUCGCGUAUAGCUCGUCGAUGACUCGUUCGCGUUUGCCCAGCUGAGUCGUUUGUAUAUAGCGACUGACUGCUGGUACACCAGGAACAGUGAACACUAAUAAUAAUAUCAUGAUGUACGGUUUUAUAUCGUUUCAUAUUUUUCGGAAUUUUACUCUACAACAAUAAUAAUAAUAAUAAUAAUAAUAAUAAUAUUAGACCAUUCGCAAAAAACAGCCAGCGAUUACAACUGUAGGGCUGUGUGAAGCACGCGUAUAGACAACGGAUAAAAUUCAAGACGAUAUUAAAAUAGGUAAAUUAUUGUAAAACAUGUCUUCGUAGUGCGAUGCAAUGAGUAGUAUUAUCGUUCAUACUUCGAUUUGUGUAUACCUUAUCAAGACAAAAAWAUUGAAAAGUUGACACAUAUAUACUUUGGAUAUAGUAUUCUUGUUUAAAAUACAACAGACAUUUAUUAUAGACAGUAUCUUAUCUUGGAACCUUGGCAUAGGUACGCUGCUACUGCGYGAUUAACCACUCAACAUAAUAUAACACAACAUUUGUAUCAUAGCAUCUUCUCAUCUUCAGUCACAUAUUAUAAUGCACAAUUAAUAUAUUCGAAAAACGUCAGUGUUACAAAAAAUGCGCAUAAUAUUAUAUACAUGAAUCUGAAAACUUUUGAUAUUUGAAAUAUUAUUAUACUGUUCGUUACUACUUMUAAACAUAAAUCUUUAAGUGCACUAAGACUACACGAAAUCGUAACAAAUACGCAACAGACAUCACAACCCGAUGAAUCAAUUGCACAACAUAAUAUAAGGCAAAAAUUAUUGUUCUUAAAAUGGGUAUGGAUUCAAAUUUGUAGUAUGCAAUACCAUGUAUUAACUAUAAUGGCUAGCCAUUUUAUCAUUAUUUUUGGAACGUUUUCAUAUUUAGGUACCAGCUAUAAUUAUUAAGCAUGUAUGACUUCUGUUUUACAGAAAUAAUAUCGAAAAAUCUCGUAUCUGUUGUCACUGGAUUACCAAAUAUGAAUUUAAUACUUUACAUAUGUUUGAUGGGCCUAGUUUCAUCGACGGCAGCACAAACCAGAGUAAAAUGUUUUGACAAUAAUAAGGGCAAAGAUAAAACUGGCAUAAUAUUGGACUGUUCCAAUAUGGCUGGCAAGAGUUAUCCAUACAGUAUUGAAGACUGGAUYCGAUAUCAUGCGUUUUACGAUGAUGGGAUUUUAGCCAAUCGUGUGUUGCAUAUUAACCUGGAAAACAACAAUUUGAAGCAAAUAUUUACACUUCCAUUAAUGACAUCGUUAAAAAAAUUGUCAUUUAAAUACAACAACAUAUCGUCCAUUGCAAAUAAGGCGUUGACGAACUUACCAGCUCUGGAGGAACUAGACAUAAGUUACAAUUCGUUGAACAGUCAUGAUUUACGUCAAUCCGUUUACCGUAAUUAUGAACGGCCAAAUGUACCAUCUACAAAUGAUGAACCAGCACUAAGAGUCCUGAAAUUAGGAUACAAUAAUAUACAUUCUUUGCCCCCGAAUUUUUUUCAGUAUUUAACCAACUUAGAAAUGCUUGAGUUGAAUAAUAAUCCUUUAUCGGUAAUUGAUCAAAAUACAGAAAUAGCCUUACAACAUUUAACAAAACUCCAGGUAUUGGAUUUAUCCAAUACAGGUAUAUCAGACUUYCCAAGCGAUGCGUUUUCCCAACUGCUCAAUGUACAAACAUUAUACCUGAACGGUAAUCAGUUCCAGAAUAUACCAAAAGAAAUCCGUAACAUGCCUCUGGCGUAUCUUAAUAUGAACGCAAAUCCCAUAAGUAACUUGGACAGUGAGUCAUUUGUCGGUCUGGACCAACUCCAAGAACUCAUUAUCAGUGGUAUGCCAAAUUUGACCGAUAUCGGAAGCGGUACAUUUGCACCACUAAAGAAGCUCAUAACACUACAAAUGUCCCACAAUCCCAGUUUGUCAAACAUUCAUURCGACGCUUUUGUGGACAAUACUAGCCAGCAAUGGUCAUUAAGACAACUAUCAAUAAGUUACACGAACAUCAGCAGUCUAGAUUCAAAACUCUAUCCUUGGUCAAUGCUAGAUUUAUUCGACGCCAAAGGUAAUCAAUGGACUUGUGACUGUAGAUUGUCUUGGCUUGCAAGUUAUAUCAAUGAAACAUUUGAAGAAAUACCGGAGACUUUUCUAUAUUACCGGUGUAACGAGCCAAAAAACCUAUAUGCGACAUUAGUAUCUCAAUUGAAUGACCACAUCGAUUGCGACAAUUAUUAUAUUCAUGUUUCAAAUAAUCACAGUCACGGUCAUGUCACACGACUCCGACAUUUUAUCAUUGUCAUGGGUUUAGUAAUCGGCAUUUUCGUGUUUGGCACGUUAAUAAACAUGGGUUGCAGGGAAAUGAAGAAGAUACUAAAGCCCAGAAUACAUGUACCACCUGGAUUUAGCACUGGUGUAAAAUACAGGCCUGCAGAUUUCGAGGAAGAUACAGAAACAUUAGAGGUGGCUGCCAAGUCUACAACGAUCAACGGCCGAUCGCCGAUAGUUAUAAACAAUACAGACUGAAAUUUUAAACUUUUUGGCUAAAACAAAUUUGAGCCAGAAAAUAAGAUAGAUAAUUAUGUGAAACAUUUAACUAUAUAAUAAUUAGUUAUUAGGUUUAUAAAUA